AUGUCUCAAUUUACAGGAAUGGUGCACGCAACCGAGAGUGGCAAGCGUCCUGUUCAAUGGUGUAAGGCGACAGUCUGCAUUCUAGGAUUCUCACCUUAUAUGAGAGGACAGAGGCGGGGGCAGUAAAGGAGGGGAGUGGCAAUCGCAGAGGCACUUUAUACCCGGUGCAGGUGGUGUGAGUGGGAAGCAGAAUAGUGUGUGUAAACUGCUGUGGAAUAGACAUGGAAUCCCUAUCCGAAAUGUCUCUGCAGUUUUCCCAGCUGUCGAUGUUUCCCAUCUUCGAUGGUGCUCAUUAUUUGGCUUCUGUGAUGGCAGCCAGGGAGCAGCCGGGAGCUGUGGAAGUAUCAAGGAGGAGUCCCAUGGCAUGCUGGUUCAGUGCCAUGCUGCACUGCUUCGGUGGAGGAAUCCUGUCAUCUCUAAUGCUUGCUGAACCUCCUAUAUUAUUUCUCUCAAAUGGUACUAAUAUUCUGCUAGCAUCUGUAAUAUGGUACUUGGUUUAUUAUUUUCCUUCGGACCUGUUCUACAAUUGCACAAGUUUCCUUCCACUCAAAGUCAUUAUUGCAGCACUGAAAGAAGUAACAAGGACAUGGAAGAUAUUGUCUGGUGUGACACAUGCCCACAGCCAUUUUAAGGAUGCCUGGUUGGUCAUGAUUGCUAUAGGCUGGACAAAAGCUGCUGGAGGUGGGCUGAUCUCCAACUUUGAACAGUUAGUGAGGGGUGUCUGGAAGCCAGAAAGCAACGAACUUCUAAAAAUGUCCUACCCAGUGAAAAUAUCCUUGGUUGGAGCAGUUCUGUUUACCCUGCAGCAUGGCCAGUAUCUCCCCAUUUCAAGAAAUGACCUCAUGUUAUUCUACACUAUGUUUCUUAUAGUUACUAAGGUGACAAUGAUGCUGACGCGUUCGUCAACCUCUCCAUUCCAACCUAUCGAGACUCCAUUGGGUCGCCUGUUGUUUGGCUGUCCGUGUGAUCCAACAGAAGUAAAGGAAAAGGUCGCUGCUUCUCCAGAUGUCAAAGCAAAGCUUUCCAGGCAACCAGAGGAAAAGAACAGCACAAAUGAAAAUAUUAGAAAGCGUCCGACUAAAAAGGCUGACUGAGCCAAAAAUCACCUUAGUUUUUAGAAAAACUAAAGUAGACUUUGGAGCACUUCACCGUUAACGCAAAAAUUAUGGUCUAUUUAAUUUCUGUUUAGGUAGAAAAAUG